AUGUCAGUUCCCACUCGAGCACUCGGCCGCAACGGUCCCCAAGUCUCCUCCGUUGGCCUCGGCCUGAUGAGCAUCGGGGGCACCUACGGUGCAGCUCCCAGCGACGAAGACCGUCUGGCCCUCCUCGACCGGGCUCAUGCCAUCGGACAGUGGUUCUGGGACACCGCCGACAUCUACUUCGACAGUGAAGAUAUCAUCGGGACCUGGAGAGCAAAGAAUCCGGACAAGGCUAAAGAUAUCUUUCUCGCUACCAAGUUUGCCAUUCAGAUCGGUGAAGGUUUUACUCAGACCCUUGACACCUCCCCUGAGUAUGCGAGAGCCGCUCUUGAGAAGAGUCUGAAGAGACUGCAGACUGAUACGAUCGAUCUGUACUAUGCUCAUCGCGUUGAUGGGAAGACGCCUAUUGAGAAAACUGUCGAGGCGAUGGUGCAGUUCAAAAAAGAAGGAAAAAUCCGAUAUCUUGGUCUUAGUGAGGUCUCUGCCGACACACUUCGUCGCGCUCAUGCCGUCCACCCCAUCUCCGCCGUCCAGGUCGAGUACAGCCCGUUUGCACUGGACAUUGAAGACAGCCGCGUGGGACUACUCGAGACCUGCCGUGAGCUUGGUGUUGCUGUUGUUGCCUAUAGCCCUGUCGGCCGUGGCUUGCUGACCGGUAGGCAUGCCACGCGUGAGACCAUCACCAAGGACUUCUUCCUGAACAUCCUGCCUCGUUACUCCGAGGAAAACUUCCCUGAAAUUCAAAAACUUUUCGAGGCCAUCAAGCGUGUUGCUGAGAAGAAGGGUGUCACUCCGACACAAGCUACCCUCGCAUGGCUGCUUGCUCGUGAGCCGUUUGUUAUCCCAAUUCCGGGCACCCGGUCGAUCAAGUACUUGGAGGAGAACACGGCCAGUGCUCAGAUACAGCUCACUGACGAGGAGAACCGGCUCAUCACGGAGGCCGUCAAUGCUACCAAGCUUGUGGGAGACAGGUAUCCAGAGGGUUUCCCUGACAACUACGAGUUUGGAGACACUCCGGCGCUUUAA